AUUUUGGAAAUCUACGCUCUGUGAUAAUUAUGUAUAAAAAACAUUGUUUUGAGGAAUUCUUUCAAAUCAUAAAGUUUUUGAGGAAGCACACAAAUUAGCUUUGCUCACAUAAUGGUACGUUGUUUAAUAUGUUUAUUACAAUUUUCAAAGUUGAAAAAACUAUUUAUACAUUAUUGGCGUUGGCAUAAGAAGAAUAAAAUUAUCCAUAAACUGUUAGAAGCAAGUGCAUGCAGUUUAAUAAAAUUUCAUCAAACGACAAAACGACUGGUAAAAAGUGAUCUUAAAAAAUGUUGUAAAAAAUAUAAUACAUUUAAUAUUAAAGAUUUACCAACAGAAUCUUUAGUACUCAGUGAAAAUAUUAGAAUAUUUUGUGGACAAGACGAAAUAAUCCGAAUUGGUGAUAAUAAACAUAGUGUCAAACUAUCUUUUGAAGAUGAUCAAAAUGAAAGUAAAGAAAUAUGCUGCCUUGCCAUUAAGGAUUUGGAAAGUAUAGCAGAAUCAAGUAAUAAAAAACUGACUGUGAAUAAAAAAAAACUAAGGAAGAAGAAAAUAAUAAGAAAAAAGAAAAUCAAUAGUGAAGAUAUAGUAGUAAAAAAGGAACCUAUUUUUGAAAUUCAUGCCACAAAAUUGAAAGAACCGGUAUCUCCAGUGAUCUUUGAAAAUGGUAAUGAAACAUAUGAAAAAAAUGAAUCAAGACUUGUCACAUCUGAUACUGAAUCAUGUUCAGAAACUAGUAAGAAUUCUAAGAUAGAAGAUUCCAAAUUGUUUUGUCCCAAGUGCGGUAGUGGUUAUAAAACUGAAAAUGAGCUAUCUGAACACUUGUAUAUCCAUGAACCUUUUUGUCGACUAUGUAAUACUUGGUUCCCAGAUGAAUUCAUUUUUAAGCAACAUAUGCAACUACAUAAAAUAAGAAUUUUUGCUUGCCAUCUUUGUAGUGCUGAAUUUGCAUUUAAAGAAAUGUUAUUCAAACAUUUCGACUGUCAUGCAGAGGACAGAUUGUUUGAUGAUAUUUUAGAUAUGGAACAGGAAUAUAAAACAUUUCCGUUUAGUUUUGUUAAUAACAAUUAUAAUACCAGCAUAAACAGUAUUUUGUGUUACCUGAAAGAUAGGCCAAAUUAUUAUUACUAUAACUAUAAAUUCAUGAAAACCAUCUGUGAUAUUUGUUACAAAGAAGUAUUAGUUCCUGAAUACGAAGCUCAUUUACAGAUAUUUCAUAGUUAUUAGUCUAGGAUAAAGAUAUAUGUAUACUGAAAUAUACAAAAAAAAUUGGGAUUUUCUAAUUUACAUUCUCGAGAUAAUUAAAAUUUUUUUUGAUAUUUUUAUAUAUUUGACUUAUUGAUUAUUUGUUGUUUGACUGAUUUUUCCAAUUUAUCAGCAUUUCCUCUUCUCAUUUUUCUUUGGUUCUAAUAAUUAUUUUCAGCAUUUUCUUGAUUCACCAACCCAGGUUCCUCACUUUGCAGAUUUUAGCAGAAUGUAUUUGGUAACAGUUAUUAAACCUCUUUUUUUCUAUUUAGAUUUAUUUAUUGUUUAUUGACAAUAAGAAACAGCACUAUUUCUGCUGCAUGUUAAAAUCGAACUUUAGGUAAUAAUGAUAAUAAUGAAUGAAAUCUCUAAUAAUGAAAAUUUCAUGUCUAGCCUUUACAUAAAUAUCUUCAAAAUUAAGUUUUCUUCAUAGCAGAGCAGAUACAAAUGCAAAUUAUCAGCAUUCAUUAAAAAAUUAAACUUUUACUUUAUACUAUUAUGCCAAUUAGUAGGAGCCUUAAAAAUGAGAGGAGAGAAUCCUUCAAAUAUUUUUUUUUAUUUAAAAAAUAUGUUCAUUUGAAAUGUAUAAGUUAAGACUGGCAAUAUUUUAACUACGCUUUGAGUAUCUUACCACAUUGAUUACUUCAAUUCGAAACCACUGCUCCUAUGAACAGGGCAUUUAAAUUUCAGUUUUAAGAUUAAGAAUGUGAAAAAUUACAUUAAUAUAUAAAUAAAAUAUUAUACCCCAUAAUAUGGAGAAAAAAUUAAAAUAGUUCAUAUGGUGGUUUUCAAAGAACAAAAUUUUAAAUAGAAAUUGUAGCCUAUAAAAGAGCGAAAGAAAUUUCCCAGCACUACCAAAAUAAAAUCCUUUCCUAUUGUUUAUUAUGAUUUUAUUUCAAUUACAUUAAAGAUAAAUGGUUACAGUAUAUUAGAGUUAAAUAAAUAAGAUAAUCAAAAUUAUUAUAUGUUGGGAUUCAAUUCAUAUUAAAAAGUAUUCUUUUUUUUGGAAAUCACUACUCUAUUUAUCACAAAUUUUGAUACUUCAUACUUCAGAAAUUGCCAAGUAUUAAUUUAAUUGGGUUAAAAAGUAAUUUGCAUAAAUUUUUAUUAUGUUUUAGUAACAAAAUGUUUAUAAGAGCUGUGCUUUCACUUUCAAUAUUUAUUUUUGUUAGAAUAGUCAAUAUAAAUUUUUGUUCAAUAUUUUUUUGAUGGAUAUUAAGUUUUGAUAUUUUUUUAUUUGUACUGACUAACAAGAAAACUGUUAAGACUUGAAUGUUGAUUUUUAUAAGAAUAUAUUUUUGAGUUACUUAAUAUUUCAUUUGACUGAUUCACAUCCUUAUAAACCCAAUAAAUGCAUUAAUUCCCCUGUCAAAUAAAUUGGGUUGUUAUGGAGACUUCUUUUAAGUUAUUAAAUGAUCUAAAUUAUGUUAAAAGAAGAAUCAAAGAAAUAGAAAAAAAAAAUUAAUUUUAAUGAAUUUCGGAUUUCUUUCAUCUAAUUUUGAGUAAUAAAUUCAAAUUCCUUACCAAGCCACUUUCUUAAAUAAGAAUGUGUCAUGAUCAUAUAUCUGAACAUGUUAUAUUCAAGAAAUUAAGGUGUUUUGACAAAUUCUUCCUUCCAGUAUAAUUUUACUUAUAUCAACCACUUCCUGUUAAAGGUAUGAAUAAAUGGUAUAUUUGAAACAAAUUUAUAAAAACAAAAUUAUGUAUUUCCAAAAAAUAAAAUCAUUCAGUAUUUAAAGCUUCUUACAUUUUUGGUGGAGUACGAAAAUCUAAAAUAUAUUUACUUCCAACC